AUGGCAUUUUUUAGAAACCUUCACCAAAAUCUGAGCCUCCCCUCUGUGUCUUCCCUGGUGGACACGCUCAGCAGUGCUGUGGACGACCUGGCCAGUGUUGUUGGUGAGGUUGGCUACUCUGUAGCUGACUCAGUGACAGAGCAAGUAACGAGCAUGAUCAAUGGCCUGCGGGCAGAAGAUGAGAGCUCCAAAACGCAGAGUGACAAACCUGUGGAAGGCAGAGAGGAACAUGCACCGUCAUUAACUCAUUCUCAGGAAAUGAAUAUGAAAACAAAGAGAGGUGCUGCAGAACAUAAGGAGACUCAUAAUUCUAAUUCGUUGGAUUUUGUAAGAAAAGGUACAAGUCAGGUUGGAGUGUCUAACCCUGUAUUGAACAAAAACCAGUUAAGAGGCACAGAUCGUAAUAAUCCUCUCAGUGAUACAAAAGUACCUCAGGAUUUGAAGACUGUAGGAGGACCUUUUAAAAAGGAAGUAGGAGGGGGAAAUGAGUGUUUUGUAAAUGAUAAGUUCUUGAAGGAUAGUAACCUGAAAAGUAAAAAACUUACAGUGGAGCAAUCUAUUGAGGAGCAAGAUAAUUGUCUAUAUGCAGUAUCAGAUAAUUCAAAGAAUUGUGAGCAAAAAAAAUUCAAACCACAGUCACCUGGAGCUGAUUUUAAAGAUUCUGAUGAAGUGCACAAUAUAAAUGUUCCCCAAGAUUUAGAAACAAAACAGAAGGAUAAAUUAUCAGACUCCAGAUUGAAGAAGAUGCACAAUGACCGUCCCAAUUGCCUUAAUGAAAUCAAAGACAAGAAAUCUGAAGCCUUCUUUGAGAGAAAAAGAAAACCCAUCUCAAAGGAUGAAGACAGUGCAUCAACUGCAAUUCCAAAUGAGGGUAAAAGGAAAAACUCAAAGAAAUUAGAAAGAGAACUAUGUAAUAAGAAGACAGCAGGAAAAGACAAUUCUUAUAUGAGUAAAGACCAGCAUGGUUCAUCAUCUGAGAGUGAAGAUGAAGCACUGGGUAAAUAUCAUGAGGCCUUGUCUAGAACCCAGAGUUCCAGGCUGCCAGUGGUGGAUGGCAGACAGCAAAAAAACUAUAUAUGGGAAACCAGACAAAAAUAUAGUCCCCUGUCUGCAGAAUAUGAUGGAUACAGUAGUGAAGCCUCAAUAGAUGAAGCGAACUGCAUUCAGAGGAUGAGAAGAACACCUCCGCUGGAUGAACUGCAGCCACCUCCGUACCAGGAUGACAGUGGCUCUCCUCAUCUUUCCUGCACGCCCUCCGAAGUCGGAGACAGCAAAUGUGAAUAUUCCCAGUGCAGCAACAGCCCAAGAUGCUCAUAUAAGUGCCCAAGUGAGGGAAGCACGGGACACGAAAUAGAAAGCUUUCAUAACAAGGGAUAUGAAGAGGAUGUUCCGAGUGAUAGCACAGCGGUUCUUAGUCCAGAGGAUAUGUCAGCUCGAGGAUCAUCUUCACAGCUUCCUAAACCUUUUGAUCCUGAGCCAGUAGCUAAAUAUGGCACGCUGGAUGUGACUUUUGACUAUGACUCACAGGAACAGAAGCUUUUGGUGACAGUGACAGCUGUCACAGACAUUCCAACAUACAGCAGGACAGGUGGAAGCUCGUGGCAAGUACACCUAGUUCUUCUCCCUAUAAAGAAGCAGAGAGCAAAAACCAGCAUCCAGCGGGGACCGUGCCCUGUCUUCACAGAGACAUUCAAAUUUAAUCACGUCGAGUCUGAGAUGAUUGGGAAUUAUGCAGUUCGCUUCCGACUGUACAGCGUACGGCGCAUGAAAAAAGAGAGGAUUGUGGGAGAAAAAAUUUUUUACUUGACAAAAUUGAAUCUUCAAGGGAAGAUGUCAGUGCCAGUGAUACUGGAACCUUCUUACAGUCUGCCUGGUUGUGACUCUCAAAUGAGCAUGUCAGAAGUGUCCUGCAGUGCAAGUACCUCCUCUUGUCAGUCUCUGGUACAUGGCUCAGCUCCAGAAAUACUCAUUGGCCUCCUUUAUAAUGCUACAACUGGAAGAUUAUCAGCAGAAGUGAUAAAAGGCAGCCACUUCAAAAACUUGGCAGCGAACAGACCACCCAACACAUAUGUGAAGUUAACACUGCUGAACUCGAUGGGGCAGGAGAUGUCCAAGUGCAAGACUUCCAUCCGCCGAGGGCAGCCGAACCCCGUGUACAAGGAGACCUUUGUGUUCCAGGUGGCACUGUUCCAGCUCUCGGACGUGACACUCAUACUGUCCGUGUACAACAAGCGCAGCAUGAAGCGGAAAGAGAUGAUAGGCUGGAUUUCCUUAGGUCUCAACAGCUCAGGAGAAGACGAGCUCAAUCACUGGACUGAAAUGAAGGAAUCGAAAGGACAGCAAGUCUGUAGAUGGCAUACUUUACUGGAAUCCUAA